AGUCUCUAUCGCCCAGGCUGGAAUGCAGUGGCGCCAUCUCAGCUCACUGCAACCUUCGCCUCCCGGGUUCAAGCGAUUAUCCCGCCUCACCAUCCCGAGUGGCUGGGAUCACAAGCUCAUGCCACCACAUCCAGCUAAUUUUUGUAAUUUUUAGUAGAGACAGGGUUUCGCCAUGUUGACCUGGCUGGUCUCGAACUCCCGACCUCAGGUGAUCCGCCCGCCUCGACAUUCCUAUUUCUAAAUAAUUAUUACAGAUCUGUCACUCACCAGUUAAACAUACAAACGGCUUUUUUGGAGGGGAUGACCUAUUUAUAUUUUUAAAUCUUAUAUCCUACCUUAUUCAAACGUCCUAUCAGUUUUCCUAGUUUAGAGAAGCAACGUGACAUUUUCGUGUACAUUUAACAGGACUGCUUACCUUCACAACCUGCUCAGUCGGCUUUCCCUGGACUUCUCCUAACCGCCCAUUUUUCCUGGAUUUGGCAUCGAGAGUUACAGUAUUUCACGUGUGAUGAUAAAAUGUUACUUAGGAGAAACAGUUCCAAUACCAAGAAACUUCAGCAAUUUUAAAGCAUUUUAAAGCCACAAAACCAUGCCUGAUCCCCAAAAGGGGGUCCUAACUCAUUUACACUGUCAGAAUCUCAAUUUUAAAAGGGAGGAGUAGAGAAGAGAUAGAAACGCUCUCUGUUGGUGAAAAUCUGUCUUACCAUUUCCCCAACACAGGAGAGACUAAGGAAUUUCAGGUAAAAAUCAGAUGGUUCCAAUCCUCCGAUACUAAGAGCCCAUCGCCCCAGUUCCCAGGAGUUCCGCCAAUUAGACUUUUUCCCCCAUGGCCUCGCUAAGGCUAGUUCCUCGUCACGUGACGUGACAGACUUGGUCACGUGACAUGCCAGCUCCUUCCAUUCCCGUGUGCGGGGGGAGGGGGACCAACAAACCGGAGGCCCUCGCUCUUCCAAUACUCACGCCCUAGCUACAGAGGUCAAGGAAGGUUUCCCCAGGAGCAGUUUUGGUUUCAGACAGCGCCGUCUCCCGCGAAAGUCCUGAGAGGAGCCCAGCCUUUUCCGCCUGCCGUCCCCGGAUGGGAUGGUUGAGGCCGGGGCCACGCCCCCUCUGCCCGCCUGCGAGGGCAUCCUGGGCUUUCUCCCACCGCUUUCCGAGCCCGCUUGCACCUCGGCGAUCCCCGACUCCCUUCUUUAUGGCGUCGCUCCUGUGCUGUGGGCCGAAGCUGGCCGCCUGCGGCAUCGUCCUCAGCGCCUGGGGAGUGAUCAUGUUGAUAAUGCUCGGAAUAUUUUUCAAUGUCCAUUCCGCUGUGUUGAUUGAGGACGUUCCCUUCACGGAGAAAGAUUUUGAGAAUGGCCCCCAGAACAUAUACAACCUUUACGAGCAAGUCAGCUACAACUGUUUCAUCGCUGCAGGCCUUUACCUCCUCCUCGGAGGCUUCUCUUUCUGCCAAGUUCGGCUCAAUAAGCGCAAGGAAUACAUGGUGCGCUAGGGUCCCGGCGCGUUUCCCCGCUCCAGCCCCUCCUCUAUUUAAAGACUCCCUGCACCGUGUCACCCAGGUCGCCUCCCAUCCUUGCCGGCGCCCUCUGCGGGACUGGGUUUCCCGGGCGAGAGAGUGAAUCCCUUCUCCCAUCUCUGGCAUCCGGCCCCCGUGGAGAGGGCUGAGGCUGGGGGGCUGUUCCGUCUCUCCACCCUUCGCUGUGUCCGGUAUCUCAAUAAAGAGAAUCUGCUCUCUUA